AUGCCAAGAGGAGAGCCUUACCACAAGGCAGAAAAAGUUCCACAGAUCCCUGCAGCCUUCACUACCCUCUGCUGGUUCACCACCUAUUCAAUCUCAAUGAGAUUGGGUGGUUCAGACCUAAAUGGAGGAUCAGCCUCAACAGCCUUGGACCUAGUGAUAUGCAAUGUCCUAGCUAGAAGGAAGCAGAGGAAGAUUAUUAUCAUUCCGGAGAGACAAGAAGUUCAACGUCCAUACCCAGAUGGGCCACCUCAAAUUGGGACCCGAGUGCUGCCGUGCAGAGUAGACAAAGGUGAAAAUGAUGGCAGCAGCAACUUCACUGUUGUUUCUGCCACUGUGACCAUCAGCAAGCAAAUGAUUCAAAAAAGGAAGACCUUUUCAAUAGAAACUUUUGCCUUCUUACAUGGUACUAAUGUCCAGCUACAUAUAUUGGCAGCCAUGUGUUAUGACCGUGUCAUAGCAGUUUGUAAUCCGUUACAAUAUGUCACAGUUAUGAGCAACAAAUUAGUGAUCACACUGUUGGCACUUUGCUGGACAGUGGCAUUAGUGACUCCAUUAGUGCUCCUGUACUUUGCUUUUCAACUGUCUUUUUGUGGACCAAACAAAAUACCAAACUACUACUGUGGUCAUGCUGCACUAAUCAAAAUGUCUUGUACUGACUAUAGUGUUAAUAGUGUUUUAGGUUUGGUUUUCGGUCUUGGUCUCUUAAUUCUUCAUACCAUUAUUUUCAUUAUUUCAUAUGGUAAAAUUAUAGUUACUGUCCUAAAAAUAAAAAGUACAGGUGGGCACAUGAAGGCCUUUUCAACUUGUGGGGCUCAUCUUUUUGUGGUGAUUACGACGGUGCUUUCUGCUGGCUUUGUCUAUGUCACUUCUCGAAUACCGUCAUUCUCUAUGGAUGCUCGUCUCAUGGUUGCUACUGUUCAAAACCUCCUUUGUCCGGUGAUAAAUCCCAUUAUUUACUCUUUGAUGACUAAAGACAUUAUAGAAAGCAUAAAGAAAGUAAUUCAAAAAAAUAUCAUAAAACAUUUUCAAGAAUAA